AUUUUAUUGUGUUUAUACUGCAUUGGUGACUGGACCGCAAUGCAUUGCUACCAUUUCAGGAGGCUCAUUAGUCGUGUGUUGGGUGUGUAGUAGGCUAUCACGUGCUCCUGAGCUGUAGCAUCUUUUAACGUCACUCUUUGCAUUGGUCCUCAGAUGAGUACUCCUUUCCGAAUCCCCAAGCUAAAACAGCCGUCAGAGAAAGUCUAUUCGCAUUCCCCCUUGGGACGGAUCAAUGACGCCGAUGAACCGAGGAAGUCCACUUGGACAUCCUCGACCUCAGGCCAGCCCAGUAGAUUCAGCCGGGAUUCAGCUGGACAGAAUGGACACGCUGGGAAGCCAAAGGAUCCAAUGAACGGCAGGGCAGACAGAUGGCGACCUAGGCGAGCUUCAGACACUCUGUGCCCUGGCAGCAGUCGUCCACGUGUAGUGGGAAAUGGAUUGCUGGGGAAGAGGAAGGCGACGGAUUCCGAUUCCGAAGAGUUCACGUGGAGCACGACUCCACUGAAGCAGCCGAGACCAAAAUCGCUAAGCAGAGAAAAGGAGCAAAGCGAGCACCCGACGCAAGGAAGCAACAAAAGCCCAGUUGCAGAGAAUGGCUCACACCACAGCAAGAACGGAGAGAUCCGAGGGAAGCCGCCUACCCCAGAAGCCCCUCUGAAUGGCACUACGCUCCCAUCUAGGCAGAGCCCUGAGGCCCAGGUUGUGCCCGAAACCCCAGAGAAGGUCCUCUCCGAACGCUCCCAGGCCAGCCAAGCAGGAGGGAACGCGUCGACUUCCUCCUCCUCCUCCUCCUCCUCCUCCUCAUCGACGGGAGACCAGGCGAAGAAGACAGAGUCGGCCCCGGUGAAAGGCUUUGACCCAAAAGUUCUUUCAAGUUCUUUCAAUGACCUUCUCGCCAAAAGACUGGACAGGUGCAACAGGAAUCGUCGUGUCUACACCAACACCAGGAAAUCGAAACCAAAACAGAAGACCCCAAUAGAGCCCAUCGUGCUUUCCAGCGAUGAUGAGAAAGGGGACGAGGAUGGCGGCGACACAGAUCCUCAAAACCGGACUGAACAGGUUGCGUCAGGAAAGAGCUCUGCCAGACCGUCAGAGGUGCCAUCCGUAGUGGAGCUGCCAUUCACCGAGCUGCACAUGGGCACCCUGAAGGCCCUGAGCAACGGCAGCCUCGUGAUCACACAUGAAGGCCUGGGUAUUCCACUGAAAGGUAAGGGUGACGACGAGGUGACUGUGACGGUGGUAGCCUCAGAGCUCCAGCACUAUGGGGUGUGGGAUGGCGGCCUGGCCCAGGACGGCACCCUAUUCCCCAGCUCAACCCGGGUGGCACCCUCCCUCCUAUUCCUGGAGGUCUCGGUGCCCCAGGCGCGGCUCAUGCAGACCGAGAUGAUGGAGAUUCUCAGCAUCCCCAGGCCAGGUCAGGCCAGCCCGUUCCUGUUGCUGGUUCUCAGCGAGCACCUGGAGGAUCUGCAGGCCGGCCUGCUGGCGUCCGUGAUGGACCUCAUAGGCCUCCGCAGCGGGCAGCCGGGCCUGGCCACCCCCCUGGGCUGGGCAGAGGGCCUGGAGCUCCUGCAUUACAGGGGCCGGGAGGAGCACCUCUUGGCUCUGCUGGGCCAGGGCACCGAUAGCACCUCCCUGGACGACGAGAGUGCAGAGAGCCCAUCAGGGAGGACGAGCAGCAGCAGCCAGUCCUCCUCCUCCCAAUCCCGGGCCAAGGCCUCCAGCAGCAGUGCAUCCAAGAGCUGGAAGACCAGCAGCCCAGGCAGCAGCAACCAAGCCCUCCCUCGCAGGCUAAUUCAAUACCCCCCGCCGCCCAGUAAAGGAGGAAUCGUGGUGACCACAGAAGAUCUGGAGUGCCUGAAAUCGGGGGAGUUUCUCAAUGAUGUUAUCAUUGAUUUCUAUCUCAAGUAUCUACUCCAGGAGAAGGCCAGCCAUGAGAUGAGGGAGCGCUCCCAUGUCUUCAGCAGCUUCUUCUAUAAGCAGCUCACGCGCAAAGACGCAUCUGAGGAUGCCAGCGAAGGCUCAGUUGAAUACAGGAGGCAUCAGAAAGUUCGGACAUGGACUAGGCAUGUGGAUAUAUUCGACAAGGACUACAUCUUUGUGCCAGUGAAUCAAGAAGCUCAUUGGUACCUGGUGGUCAUCUGUUUCCCGGGCCUGGAGAAGCCCCAGAUUGUAAAGUGGGGAGGCUCAGUUGGGAAGGGGAGUGCUGGGAAGAAGGAGACAUGCGAAGCCCAGGCUUCAGUCCAAGACCCUAGUGAACCAUCCACGUCCUCCAACCUGAGAUCGCAGAACUUCAGCUUCCCGGACUGUACACAGAAAAAUUGCACAAAGGAAUUGGUGUGUAAAAGGCCGUGCAUCCUGGUUAUGGACUCCCUAAAGCUCUCCCUCCAUGAACGCGCCUACAAGCUCUUGAGAGACUACCUGCAGGUGGAGUGGGAGGUGCGCAGGGGCACCCCGCGGCGAUUUACCAUCGACACCAUAAAGGGCUCCAACUGUAAAGUGCCCCUACAGGACAACAGCAGCGACUGCGGCCUCUACCUGCUGCAGUAUGUGGAGGCCUUUCUUCAGAACCCUGUGGUCCACUUCGAGCUCCCUCUGCGGCUCGAGCGCUGGUUUCCACGGCAACACGUGCGGCAGAAACGCGAGCAGAUCCGAGAACUAGUCCUAGAUCUCUACAAGGAGCAUGGACCCAUAAGCUGAGAAGAGGAAGGAGGAAAUGGAGGAGAGAGGAGGAGGACAGGAGAGCUGCUCGUGAAGUGUUAAAGAGUUGCCUGACAAACUGGCAGUAGCAAGAGGAGUGAAGAUCCUGGCUGCAGCCAGAGAGGGCAACGUGCUCUAGUCUACACCAAGUCUGUCCAUUCCCCAGUGGCCUUGAGGGAUUCUUAAAGCGACUCCUCGUCAGCUCUGGAAAUAAGCUCAUUUCACCUCUCCCCUUGAGUGAAAUGAUUGCGCUUUAUGCUUCUCCUGCUCUCCCAGUCGUUCUCUGCGUACGGUGGCAUCACUUCGUUCCAAACUAGCAUCUAUUACAUAUAUACGUAUAUAUAAGCUGCUCCCGUACGAUUCGAUUUCAUAUGCUGGCUUGUAGGUAGAAUGUCCAUCACCAGACUCUGAGAACGACUGAAAGAACAGAAGAAAGGUAAGGUUCAAUCAUUUUACACAAGGGGGGGUGGAUGCAAAAUUAGCUUAUUUCCAUAAAUGGUGGAAUGUCGCUUUAAGGAGCUGGCUGCAGCAAAGCACCAAGUCCAAGUCCGUCCAUUCCCCGCCCAGUGGCCUUGCUUAGUUCUUAUUGGAUGUUUUUGUGUACAUAGUUUUUUAUGAGUUCCUGUGUUCCUUUCCCUUAAGUUAUAACGUUCCUUUGUAUUAAUUGAAGAAUGAAUAAGAGCGAAUGCUGCAUUGCUCCAUUAUUUAUGAAAAAUGCUUAAUUCACACACUACUACUUGAAUAAGAUGUUUUAGUUUUUACUAUUGUUAUGACGCCCUUAAUGUGAAAGCUAAAGGGAAAAAAUAAAAGCAUUAUUUUUGUUAUAA